AUGACGACGAAAGAAGAGGACGAGGACGCGUUGCUCUACGGCGACGUCGGAGAUUCCGACGACGAGGAGAAAGAGACGAUAAAGAAAGUGCAAACGACAACAACAACAACAACGAUUGAUCGGAAUGAUGAUGAUGAUGGAAACGAUGAUGAUGCAGACAAAAAGGAUGAAGAUGUUGGAGAUGAAAGGAACAAGAAGAAGAAGAAGGAGGAGGAGGAAAAAGACAACAACAACGAAGAGGAAGAGAGUAAGAAGAGUAAAUCGGUAUACGUAGCAAACUUAACGUGGUGGACGUCGGACAAGCAAAUAGAACAGUUGGCGAGCGAAUUCGGCAUCACGAAAUCCAUCCAAUUCUUCACGGAAAAGAAAAACGGGAAAUCGAAAGGAUGCGCGAUCGUGGAGUUUACGAGCUCGCAAUCGGCGUUACUGUGCGCGGAGAAUUUGAAUAAAAGGGCGAUAGAUGGGAAAGCGUGCGUGGUGACGCUCGCUCCGGUGGUUACCGCUCACUCGGCGAGCGGCGGUAUCGGCGGGAGUACGAUGAUGAUGCCGCGUGCGCCGCUCGGGCCGCCGCCAGAUACGGCGUGGAAAGGUCCGGUGCCGACGAAAGGAGGAGGAGGACAAGGCGCGCCACCGGUAGUGAUGUCGACGACGCAGGCGCAGUUGAACGCGCUGCAGCAGCAACAAAAGAUGAAACUGUUGAUGAUGCAGCAGCAAAUGAAGGCGAAGCUGAGCGGCGCGAAGCAGCAGCCAACCUCCUCCACCGCACCUACCGCCGCCUUUAGGAAAAACAACGAGAAUAGUAAUAAUAAUAGUCCACCGGCGACGACGACGACGAGAGAGCGACCGAACUCACCGCCGACGAUGAUGGCGGCAAAGCGUGUAGCCGCCGCCGUCCCAACGAAAGUUCCCUCCGCGCGAGGAGGACGCGGCGGCGGACGAGGUCAGAGAAACAGAGCCGAGUCCCCUCCCGCUGGUCUCAUGGGAGGCAGAGGAGGAGGACGAAAGCGCGCUCGAAGAUGA